CGUAGCUGUUUAGAAAGGGGCCUGGUUGCCGUCCGGGACGGACCCCUUUUGCCUCAAUACCAAUCCCUGCUUUAUAAGCCAGCGCCAGCUAUCACCAUGAUCGUCCACAUUAUACCGGGGACGGGCAGUGUGCCAAUCACGUUGUGAUGAGCAAACUGCCGAUGGCGAACUCCUCCCUGGUUACGCUGGCCAAUAUCACCGAAUGGCUGCCAGGGCCCGUGGCAAUUAUCCGCUACCCACAUUAGCCUCCGAAUGCUAUGCCCCUCCAAGCUCCAGGUAGAGACCCUCAUUAUAUAUUUCCUGAAUGCCAGCGGUGCGGAGUCAAGGUUCAGGACUAUACUUUGCUUUGUUGGCUACCACUCGUCUCCCACAGCAAACCAAAGUGACUCCAAGCCACGAUGCGCUCACUGGCAUAUCUCGCCCUUGGGGCCGUUGCGCCCCUGGUGUCAUCGGCCGCCGACUGCACGCGGGAAUUCCUCAAGACCAGCGCCGACAGCCUCGUUGCAGCACAAGCGGCGGGCGAUCCCAGCCUGCUGAAGCCCGUGGCGGCCACUCUCGACUACCGGGAGAACUUCUCCCCGGCGGCCUUUAAGACGGGCAUCCUGGCGACGCCCAUCAAGAUCGACCAUAGCCGGCACAGCCUCGACACGACGCAGUGCGCCACUUACACGGAGCUCGUCUCGGCCACGGGGAGCAAGCCGUACGUGCUGGGCGUGCAAAUGUACUUUACCGACGGCGCCAUCUCCAAGAUCGACACGCUCGUCACGACCACCGGCGACUGGCUCUUCAACGCCACGGGCACCCUGUACUGGGCCUCGCGCGAGGACUGGGGCACCAUCCCCGAGGCUGAGCGCGACUCGCGCGCCGUCAUCCAGGCGGCGGCUGAUGCGUACUGCGAUAUCUUUAGCAAUAAGAGCGUGGUUGUGCCGUGGGGACGCCCCUGUGCUCGGCUUGAGGGUGGGAUUUACACCGGUACUGGGGGGCCGAAUGAUAAGUGUGAUGUGGGCAUCCCGAGUGGUGUUGCGCUUGUUGACAGGCGGUAUGUCAUUGAUGAGACGGUGGGGGCUGUCUCGGUUUUCCUCAGCUUCUCGGGCAUCCCGGAUAGUCAUGAGUUCAGAGUGGAAAAGGGCAAGCUGCGCUUCGUGCAUACGAUUACCGUCAUGACGGCCCGUCAGGGCAAGGGCAAGGGCAGGCGGAGGGCUGUUCUGCCGGACCGUGGUAGGCAGGAGGAGGAUUGAGCUCAUGGAGAUCUGGUAGAGGUGGUUAGGGGAAACGAAAUGGAAAAGGUAGGAGGAAGAUAAAAGAAGAAGUACAUGUAAGAAACGGAUGUGAAAGUAAACAGGGGUUAAGUAGCAAAUUUGACCUCACUAUCGAGUACUA